AUGGAUUCAUACUAUGUUUUGCUGACGUUGUUUUAUGCAGUUCAGUCAAAUAAUAUAGAUAUAGACAAAUUAGAGUUCUGUAAAAACCUUAAUUGCGAUGAAUGGCCAAAUUUAAAUGUUUGUGGUAUCCGUGAAGAAUCUGACGGUUUUCGAUUAAAAUUGUUUGAAAGUGAAUGUCAAUUAUUAGAAUAUGGAUGCAAAGUAGACAAUGAUGAAACUUAUGGACUAAUCAAUCUAGAAUACUGUAAAAAAGCUUUCAUACAAGAUUUCUAUCCUAAUGCAGAUCUUAAUAACAAAACCGUCGAAGUGCAUAAAGGUAAAACAGAUGAAUGCACAAAAAUUAAUUGUACGUUAACGAAUAAAGAAAAAAUUUGUGGACUUAAAAAACACGGCGCUGGAUAUAAAGUCAGGAUAUUUAAAAAUGAAUGUGAACUUAAAAAGCAUAAUUGUGAUACAAAAUCUGAAUUUGUUGAAACUGAUUUAUUUAUUUGCAACUCUUUAUCAUCUAAUGUUUCUACAACAUCAAAUGAAAACACAAUAAAAUCAAAUGAAGAACCUAAGGAUAUAAUAUUAAACAACAUUGUUGUCAUAGAUGGUAAUAUGUUGGGUUACAAAAAUAAUAUCAAUGACACCAUCGAAACAUUUUUUGCAGCGACUCAUGUUUUGGAUAUGCCAAUGCGCGAAGUAUCACCCGACUUUGUAAAUGAGAUUACACGAAGAAGACAAAUAAAAAUAGCUGGGCCGAUAAAGGUUUUUCAACCUUGGACCACUAUUCCAUCUAAUAUAACUGACGAUUACCUGCACAGUCCAACUUUGUCCUCCUGUUUCCACAAAUGUCCUACGAAAUGUCCGGAUACGUAUGCACCGGUGUGUGGUGUGCCAGGGAUCGUUGCUCGAGAACCUUCCCUGAUGUUCCAGAACCAUUGCUUCAUGGAUGUUGCGCAAUGCAAAAUGCGCUGGGAGGACAAGAGUCCUACGGCUAUUAGUUCCUCCUAUAUUGAGUCUUCCUUCAUGUUUUGCCUAGGAGAUCAGUUAAAUGCAAUGUAUCGGUUUUUGCCUCUUGUAAGAACACUGCAGCACAUGGGCCGCCUGAAGAAGAAAGGUCGUUUUAAGUACAAACUUAGAAAUAUGAGGUUCUUUAACAGUCUUCUAUCUAGAGAUCCUAAACUUAUGGGAUAG